AUGCCCACUUGUCGAAAUUCAGACCCAGCUAUCAAAUCGGCCUCCAGCCUGGGUGCGUUGCCCCGGCAUCGGGAGUCCCACAAUUUCCGGCUCUCACCACAGGAUAAUAUGCGGCAACUGGCCCAAUGGCGCUGUGGAUCCUCCAGUAGUACGCCAACGGUUAACGAAAAUGCUAUCCUAGGCACUUUGGACAAGUGGUUCAGACCAAGCUUUUCGAGAGACGCUAGUAUUGAUUACCUCAAAGGACAACCACCUGGUAGCUUCGUUAUUCGAACAAGCUCACGGUACCCCGGGUUCUACGGCCUGACCAUUAAAACCGAAGACCACGGUGGAAACGACGGAUAUAAUAGUCUUGAGGAUGGUCAUUUGAUCAAACACUACCUCAUUGGAGAGACAUCUGAUGGUUACUACCAGAUCCAAGGCACAAAACUAGAACCGGAAUUCAAAAGACUUGCUGAUCUUGUCGGCUACCACUGUCAAUAUCUAGGCGCCCUGCCCUGUGUCCUACGUCUGCCUGAUUACGCGGAGGUCUCUAAACUCAAUAACCUUCAAAAUGAAACCCAACUACCGCCCACAAAGUACAAAGAUGACAAAAUCUUCGAUUUCCAGGUCCUCUACCUGGGUACGUUUGAAGUUUUUUCGUCGGUCGGAAGCAAUGCCAUUAGCUCGGCCAUGGACAUCCUCUUUCGUACUCAAAAUUCCCGCCUACGUCCCAUCUUAGUUGCAUUUCGAGUCAGCCCAGAGGGCGUGACACUCACCGACCUCCACUGCCGGCAAUUUAUUCGACGACACCUCAGUCGUGAAUCAGUAGUUUACGUUGGCGCAGACCCCUACGGCAGGAAAAUUUUUGGCCUUGUCAUACGUGCCUCCGACACAUCUGGAAUCCUUAUCUGCCAUCUUUUCGCUCAGCAGUUCAAUACCCAACCGUGCGAAUUUAUUGUAGAGUGUGUCAAGAAUGCAUUAUGUCAAUCAUCCCUCACUUUCUUGUCAAUUUUAGGAAGAAUGCGUUUGUUCACUCACAAUAUACUCACGUCUCGUGUUCUCAAAUCAGUUAAGGUGGGUUAUCCCUUAGCCAUAAAAGCAGUCAAAGUAGAAGUAACUCCAGCUGACUUUGAAGCUGCUCAAACGGCUCGCUUCAUUCCCAAGAUUGAAUGGUCGGUUCUUAAAUCGGCAGUAGAGCAAGUAAGUCUGAUUUUACAAUUUUUCUUCGUCCGCGUUUUCCUUCACCAAAACCACUUCCUUAAAGAUUCUGGUUGA